CUGAAGCACUAAUGUCACGUUACCUCAGAAGAAUAAAAAGUUGUCUUUGUUUUUUAAUGACACGGAGAUAAGAUGAAAACCAGGAGAAAGAAAUCAUUCAGAGCCGUAAAGUGCACGUUAUUUGUGUUUUGCUACAUCUUCUGGGUGUUCAGUGCUGUUCUAAUUGCUGUUGGAAUCUAUGCCAAAGUUGCCAAAGAGUCAGAUGUAGUGGACAUGCUGAUGGCAGAUCCAGCGCUGCUGUUGAUCAUCGUGGGUUCUCUCAUGUUCACCAUCACGUUUUUUGGCUGUUUCGGAGCUCUGCGCAACAUCUCCUUGCUGCUCAACAUGUUUGUAGGAAUUUUGUUGGCCAUUCUGCUUCUUCAAGUAACAGCCGCUGUUCUGGGCCUUCUGUUCUCUGAAAAGGUUCAAGAGAGGACAGAGCAGCUGAUGAUGAAGGCGAUUGUACGCUAUCGUGAUGAUCAGGACCUGGAAAAUGUGAUUGAUUUUUUACAGAAAAAGUUUAAGUGCUGUGGCGUGGAUUCCUAUUUAGACUGGUCUAAAAACAUGUACUUCAACGCAUCUGACCAGAACCCCAGUCUGGAGGCCUAUGGAGUGCCCUUCUCCUGCUGCAUACGGCUAAAGAACGAGACUGUGUUCAACUCUAUGUGUGGCUAUGAGACCCAGAAGAUGAAGAAGAGUGUGGUGAGUCGGCUCAUCUACACCUCUGGAUGUCUGGACGAGAUCGUCUGGUGGGGAAAACAGAAUCUUCUGCUGGUGGGAGGGAUGACCCUCGCCCUACUUUGCAUUGAGGUUAGGCACACAUUACGUAUUUUUAUUUUCUUCAAAAUAUUUGUCAUCCCUGCAGCACUUUAUUACUGA